UACGAAGCCAACAAUACACUCAGACAGAGUCGCGAAUUCACUUCAGCAACAGGAUUAACGAGUAUACAAGAAGAUGGCUCCACUGCUGAAAUGCAGUCUUUUUAUCCUGUUUGCGUUCAACUUAGAGCUUGUUUCUGUGGGGGCAAAAGGAAAUGGGCCAGUGUUACAGAGACAGAAGAGAGAAUGGAUCAUUGCUCCCAGACAGCUUAAGGAGAACCGCGAUUACACCGGCUUGGAGAGUAUUGCUAGAAUUCGUUCAGAUAAAGAGAAUUAUACACAGAUAAUCUAUUCACUAACAGGGCCUGGUGUUGACCAGCCCCCUACUGGUGUAUUUGGUGUCAACCAUCAAAAUGGUUUUGUGAAAAUCUUCUCCAUUUUGGACCGUGAGGCGAUCCCCUUCUAUCAUCUAAAAGGUAUGGCAAGAUACCAGAACGGGACCCCUGCAGAAAAUGAUAUUGACCUUAGAAUUACUGUUAUGGAUGAGAAUGACUGUCUACCAAUCAUUAAAGUGCAGCAAGUUGGAUCUGUCAAUGAAUCUAGUGCAGCAGGUACUGUUGUCAUGAAAGUGAUAGCUACUGACGCGGAUCAAGAGAACACGCCCCACUCCAUGAUCUACUACCGCAUUGUGGAAAAGAGUAAUGUAGGUGGGAUGUUCAGCAUCAACUCCCAGACCGGAGAAGUCAUAGUUAAGCGGAACAAUCUUGAUAGAGAGACAAAAGAUACAUAUAAGUUGACUAUAGAAGCCUCUGACCUAAAUGGACAAGUGGGAGGAAACAAAGGAACCGGAGAAAUUGAGAUAAAAAUUCUGGACAUAAAUGACAAUAUUCCCACCCUGGAAAAGGAAUCGUAUGAGGGGAGUGUGGAGGAGAAUACUAUCAAUGUGGAAGUGACGAGGAUCAAAGCUGUUGACAUGGAUUUGAUUCACACUGACAACUGGCUGGCAGUCUUCGAAAUAGUUAGUGGGAAUGAGGCUGGCUAUUUCAGCAUCACUACUGAUUCUAAGACCAACGAGGGAAUUAUCAUGAUUCACAAGGCUCUGGACUAUGAGGAAAUGAAGGAGCUCCACUUGGAAGUGGCUGUUUCCAACAAAGCAGUAUAUAAUUUUGGCAGUGGAAGCAUGACAGGCGCCACAAUCUCAAAAUCCUACCCCAUUAAAAUCAAUGUGAUCAAUCAGAAGGAAGGCCCCCGUUUCCAACCAACUGUCAAAGUGGUGUCCAUCUCUGAGGACCAUACUUCCGUUUCCUUAAACAAAGUCAUUGCCACCUAUGCUGCUAUUGACAGUGACACGUUAAAGACCGCCACCAAUGUUAGGUAUGCUAAAAUCCGUGAUGAUGACAACUGGUUGAUUAUUGAUGAGAAAACAGCAGAUAUCAGACUGAAUAAACUGCCUGACAGAGAGUCCAAGUACUUGGUCAAUGGAACAUAUUAUGCCAAAAUAAUAUGUAUCACCAAUGAUACUCCCUCAAAAACUGCCACAGGGACCAUAGCCAUUCAGGUCGAGGACUUUAAUGAUCACUGUCCGAAACUGACUGCUACAAGUCAUACCAUGUGCAUUGAGCAUAAUGUGAUCUACGCAACAGCCAUAGAUGAAGAUGAGUUCCCUAAUUCAGCACCAUUUGAGUUUACUGUGAUUCCAGGGAGCAGCAAAGGGAAAUGGACAGUGGAGCAUCUUAAUGAAACCACCGCCAUUCUGCGAGAUCAAGCCAACCUGUGGCCAGGCAUAUACAAAGUGGCAGUGGAGGUCAAAGAUCAGCAGGGAAAGUCAUGCGCUGCUGUUCAGAUGAUGGACAUAACUGUGUGCACUUGCGAUGAAAACACCAAAACUUGUAUGUCUCGUAGAACAGUGACUGCAGGUUUUGGAGCUGCAGGUGUUCUACUAUUGCUGCUGGGACUGCUGCUGCUUCUACUGGUGCCUCUUCUGCUGAUGUUCUGCUUGUGUGGAGGUGCAGCAGCUAUGGGAAACUUCAAGGCCAUUCCAUUUGAUACUAAACAACAGCUUAUCUCAUAUCACACUGAAGGACAGGGAGAAGACAAGGAAAUUCCUCUCCUACAUGUCCCAGUUGAAGUCGAUUGUGGAGUAAUGAAUGCCCAGAACAUCAACACCUAUAAUGGACAGGGGUACCUAGGAGGACUGACUGAAUUUGGAGGAGCAGCAGGCGGGGCAGCAGGCGGAGCAGCCUUAGGUGGUGCCUUUAACACUUCCACCUUGACAGCUGAGAACAUGCACCUGUACAACCAAUAUAAGCACUCCACUGGGCACAUGAACGUGGAUGCUGGGAUGAUGACAGGACAAGAACACCACUACUCCCAAUACAGAGCUGGGGCCUUUGAUGGGAUGGCUCUAUCUGAUCACUUCCUGGGAGAGUAUUAUUUAAGUAAAUCGGACCAUGCUACACAGCAAUCCCAGCAGAAGGAUAGUCUUCUGAUAUAUGACUAUGAGGGUCAGGAGUCACUGGCAGGUUCUGUUGGCUGCUGCAGCCUUCUUGAGAAUGAUGAUGGCCUUGCGUUCCUGAAUGAUCUUGGGCCUAAAUUCAAAACCCUGGCUGAAAUUUGUAAGGGAUCUACCUUUGUGAUGGAGUCUGUGGGUGCAGAGGUUUCUAUGUCUCCACCCAGACCAGUGUCUCCCAUCAGGCCCUCCACCCACACACACAUCCAUACACACACAGAAACAAUCAGGGACAGGGACCGUGUCAACCUCAACACCCUCAACACCUCCAAUGUAGCGUCUGGAUCGUCCACCAUUUUUCAAGAGCAGCAACUCACUGAGAGAACCCAUGGUUUAGCCACUGUUCCCAAGGUACAUGUCCAGGACAAUGUUGUGAUUCCCAGUCAGACACUGCUCAUACAACAGCCAGCUAUGUACUACGCUGCCACCCCCAUGUAUGUAGUUGACUCCAAUCCCCAAGUAAUGCUUGUGGCAGGGGGUGCCCAGCAGGCAGUGAGUCAAGUAGCUCAGGUCGGGCUAAGUCAAGGCCUAAUGCAAGUUGGAGGCCUGCAAGGUACUCAGGGUGCAGUACUUGUAGAAAGGCAAGUAGGAAUGGGUGGAGUGACAGGGCAGGCUGCACAAGGACUCUCAUUAGGAACCCUCUCCAGGCAGGAUGCACAAGGCCUGUCUUUAGGAACCCUCUCCAGGCAGGAUGCACAAGGCCUCUCUUUAGGAACCCUCUCCAGGCCCACACAAAUGUUGGUGGUGGAGAACGGGUCUUCAGGUGGAGGGCAAGGUGCACACUUAGUGCAGACAUUUGUUCAAACAGGGCAGGGAUCUACAGAGCAGGGCUUGGCGGUCAAAGGUCAAGGCAUGCAAAUGAAAACUCAGAGUUUUACACCGGGGUUACAUGGUUUUACAGGGUCAGAUGAAGACUUUGUCCUGACAGCCACACCCAGUCUGCAAGGGAGCCAGAGAGUAGUUGUGCAACAUAAGAAGGUUUCAGUCACUGAGAGAAAUAUUGAAUCUAGUUCCAGAGCAUAAAGCAUCUCAUUUGCAUAAAAUUUCACACUUGCGUUGAUAUAUACUGAAGUAUAUUUCAGUUUACUAAAAUAUUCAGCAGUAUAAUCAUAGAUAUUUGUUCAUACAAUUGAUAGUUUGUUAAAUUGUUAACUUCUAAAAGGAUAGUUUUGUUUGCUUGAUGAAAAGCGUAAUACUGUAUGUCCUCAUCUAGUAAUAAAACUACUCAAACUAAAUGGUACAGUAUUGACUACAUGUCUAUCAUGGCCAUAAAAGGCAUACUAAUACUAUUUAGUCAAAUUACUUUGACAUAUAUUGAUACCUGAAAGUGCAUUCACUUUUUGAAAGCUACCUGCCAGAAUGUGGCUUUGUCAAAAUUAGUUGAAAGUAUAUAUUUUACAGUAUUGGUGCAAAUUGGAAGUAAACAACCAAUUUAAAAGGCAUUACAUGACUUCCCCAGUUGAGGGAACCCUUGGCAAAAUAUGAAAUGUGACUUCCCUCUCUAAGAAAAUUAUGUAUUUCAGGUACAAAAGUAGUAUGGCUUCAGGGUGGGAACAGCCAAAGUUAACAAAGCACGACCAGUCUGACCUAUAGUGUAUAUUUACCCACCAAACUAAAAUUACCAACAUUUAACCGAAACUCUCAACACAGGAAAAGCAAAGUAAAUUCACAAAGCCUACCCAGUGCUCUUCCUGAUGAGAACAACACAGGACACAACUGUAUAGGAUUAUUUUCAGAACCAGUUUUCUCAUGAAAUGAUCUGAGUUCAAAUAAUCCUGAUUGUCCCUCAUCCAAGUUCCCAUUGAAAAUUACUGUAAUUAUACUGUAAAUCAACCCUCUUGAGAAGCACACUAUCAUUUUGAGAGUGACUAGAGCAGAAGUAGAACAAAGUUUCUGUAGUUAGUAUCAUUUUGCCUUUAUCCAUUUUGGCUUUGCACACAAAAUUCAACGCUGAAAACUGACUUAUAGCAGUGUUGUGUUUUUCUAUUAAUGCUUGGGUUUCAAUUUGUAAUGUUUUAACUUUUGCCAUGCCAGAAGCUCUCCUGCUGACAUUUAGAUUGUUGAACUUAGAUAAACUGUAACUAAUGAGGAACUGCUGUAUGGGUGGCCACUGCUUCCUUGGAAACUUGCACUGUAUAACCGUUGAAAGCACCGAAAAAAUUGCAGAAGAAUCAAUGAGUGUUUAAACUAUUUAGGGCACCAAGUAAAUGAACUGUCUAUUCAGUAAAUGAUGCCGUUACAAACUAUAAAACCAAAGAGAAUUCUACACAAAUUCUGUGUUUUACUGUUGCACUCCUCUUAUUAUUUCUAUGGAAUAUGUGUGUGUUUCUAUGUAAAUCCAGUACUAAUUCCAAAAGACCUUUGGUGCCAGCAUAACAGCAUUAUGACACUACUUUUUAAAAAUGUAUAUUGUGCCAUAAUUCCCAUGAACUUUUAAUAUGUUGUUUUCAUUGUGUGUUAGUGUGUGUGUGUGUGUGUGUGUGUGUGUGUGUGUGUGUGUGUGUGUGUAUAUCAUGAUUUGGGUAUGUUAAUGGGCAGAUUAAUCAAGGAUCGGCUUGCCAAGCACUGAGAAUAUUUGAUAAAGUGACUUACUGACAAUAUUGCUGCUCUUGCUAUUGAUGUGUGUGUAUUUUUCAUCUCAUCUGCGAGCUUUAGUUUCUAUUAUUUUGUAUGUAUAUAGAAUGUGUUGCUUAAGAACAGUAGAGUAUAAGCAAAAGUAGCAGACAUAAUAAUGCUAAUGUUUUUAUUUUUCAAGUUUUACAUCUCUCAUAAUAAAAAUAAUUAAAAGCA